AAGGCGGGCUCUCUCUCUCUCGGGCAGAGUCGCUGAGCGCAAGGAGACUCCGCGGCCGACCGACGCCAGGCGGGGCAAAGAGCGUUGGGAGGACGGUGGAGGUGGGGGGGUGGGAGGUUAAAGCGAGCUCAGUCAGCCGGCCAAGCGCGCGUUGCUGGGCGCUGGUAGGAUGAGGUCGGAGUAGGGGCUGAGGAAAAGGGCAGUUUCUGCGCGGGUUUCGUCGCGGAGAAGAAGGCAAGAUGAACGGGUCCGAAAGCAUCAAUUUCAGGCGGAUAGCCAUUCGCAGGAAAUCCAGCCCCAGCUUGCACAGCUCGGCCUUGGUCUUCCAGAGCCCCGCCGCCGGCGCCGGCGCUUCGCGCUUUCAGUCUCCCGCGGCGCCCCCCUGGGAAGUGGGACCGGCGGAGGCGGCGGCAGCAGCAGCAGGUGGCAGUAGAUGUCCAAAGAUCUUAGUCACUCCAACCUGCUCUUUAAACAGUACAAUUCAGCUGUACAAGCCAAGCAUCUGCAAUGAAGUGGUUCAAGGAGUAAAUGGAAACGAUCCAGUUAAGUAUUCUCUGUGGCCAGCUUCAAACUACAAGCCACAAGUGCCUCCAAAGCCAUUACAUCUGCAGAAUUCACAGUCAUCCAUUACCCACCAAACCCCUAAGUCUAAAGCUUUGUGUACUACGAAGCCAAGAAUGGAGGAAAUUACACCUAUCUCUUCUUGUGUCUCGAAAGAAAAAACUAGUAAAGUGUCUGAUCUCAUCAGUCAUUUUGAAGGAGGCAGCACAUCCUUUUCCAAUGAGUUGAAGAAAGACUCCUCUGUUUUAAAAGUUGGUAAACCUCAAGGAAAGAAUGGACCGGUGCCAUCACCUCAGCCAAAAUUCCUCACCCAGCAUCCCCUACACGAGCAGGGAAACAGUAGAGAUUGGUCUCAGGAUGUACAGAAUCACACAGCCAAUGGCAUAAUAGCACAGAGUCAGUGGGACUGCCAAGACAAGUGGUCUGCCCACCGUGCCUGCAGGAGCAUUCAAAAUGACUGUGAUGCAGGGGAUAGCAGUUUGGUAAAUGGAGAAAGAGGAAAUACUACUACAGACUCAUUGCCAACCACAGCAGCUUGCAAGGGGCAGAAGAUCAAGAGCCAUCACUGGGCUCCGGGUGCAAAUUCAUUCCCAUCUGUAAAAGAAGCUGGAGAGAUGAUUGCCACUAGGGAAGAGAAGCGGGGUGAGCCAAGCAGUCAGCGAGACUCUAGCACAGAGACAAAGGAAACAAAUGAAGAGAAAUGUUACAAAAUUGCAAAUGAGCUUUUGCACACUGAAAGAGCUUACGUGAGUAGACUGGCUCUCUUGGAUCAGGUCUUUUAUUGCAAACUAAUGGAUGAAGCUAACCGGGGAUCAUUUCCAGCUGAAGUUGUUAAUAAAAUAUUCUCCAAUAUUUCAUCCAUAAAUCAGUUCCAUAGUCAGUUCUUGCUACCUGAGCUUGAGAAAAGAAUGCAGGAAUGGGACACCAACCCCAGAAUCAGUGAUAUUCUGCAGAAACUGGCUCCUUUUCUCAAGAUGUAUGGAGAAUAUGUGAAAAAUUUUGACAAUGCAAUGGAGCUGGUGAAAACUUGGACUGAGAGAUCCCCUUGUUUCAAAUCCAUUAUUCAAGAUAUUCAGAAACAGAAAGUUUGUGGAAAUCUGACAUUGCAGCAUCACAUGCUAGAACCUGUACAACGAAUUCCAAGAUAUGAGAUGCUGUUGAAGGAUUAUUUGAGAAAAUUGCCUGCAGAUUCUCUAGAUUGGAAAGAUGCUGAAAAGUCCUUGGAAAUUAUAUCCACAGCUGCAAGUCACUCUAACAGUGCCAUCCGGAAAAUGGAAAAUUUGAAGAAGUUACUAGAGGUGUAUGAAAUGUUAGGAGAAGAAGAAGAUAUUGUCAAUCCUUCAAAUGAACUGAUAAAAGAAGGGCAAAUACUUAAGCUUGCUGCUCGUAACACAUCAGCUCAAGAAAGAUAUCUCUUCUUAUUCAAUAACAUGUUGCUGUACUGUGUACCAAAAUUCAGCUUAGUGGGAUGUAAGUUUACAGUCCGGACAAGAGUUGGCAUUGAUGGCAUGAAGAUUGUAGAAACCCACAAUGAAGAAUACCCACACACUUUUCAAGUGUCUGGGAAAGAACGAACUUUAGAGUUGCAGGCCAGCUCUGAACAAGACAAAGAAGAAUGGAUAAAGGCUCUUCAGAGCACUAUAGAUGCUUUUCAGCAAAGAAAUGAAACAUUCAGAAAUGCAAUUGCAAAAGAAUACGAUGACAUGCCUAUUGAGGUUUCUACUGCUGAGCUCGGGAAGAGAGCCCCAAGAUGGAUCCGAGACAAUGAAGUGACUAUGUGUAUGAAAUGCAAAGAGCCAUUUAAUGCACUAACAAGGAGGAGACAUCAUUGCCGAGCUUGUGGGCAUGUGGUUUGCUGGAAAUGUUCUGAUUACAAAGCUCAUCUUGAGUAUGAUGGCAAUAAGCUGAACAAAGUCUGUAAAGAUUGCUACCAUAUUAUAACAGGGUGCACUGAUAGUGAAGAAAAGAAAAAAAGAGGAAUCUUGGAGAUUGAAUCAGCAGAAGUGUCGGGAAAUAGUGUGAUAUGUAGUUUUCUACAGUAUUUGGAAAAAUCUAAAACAUGGCAAAAGGCUUGGUGUGUGAUACCUAAACAUGAAGCCCUUGUUUUAUAUAUGUAUGGCGCUCCACAGGAUGUCAAAGCCUUGGCUACUAUUCCACUUUUGGGCUAUGCUGUAGAUGACACCCCAAGAAGUGCUGACCUCCCGCAUAGUUUCAAAUUGACUCAGUCUAAAUCUGUGCACAGUUUUGCAGCAGAUAACGAAGAGCUGAAACAGAAGUGGUUGAAAAUCAUCUAUUUAGCUGUUAAAGGUGAAACACCAGAUUGCUGCAACGAUUCACAUUUCAGUUUGGAGGAUCAGCAGGAAAACACUGCCAAACUGGAAUCCACCAAUGGUCUGUAAAGCUGUAUUUGUCCCAUUCCUAUUGGGGUUGACACUACGUUCUAAAACAAGUUUGAAAAGACGCCAGCCUUUCUGCCAUGUUUCUUAGCACUUUAUGUUGGAAAAGAACAAAAGAGUCCAUAUUGUUUUAGAGAAAUUGUCUUUAACAUUUAUGUUAUGUCAAUAAAAUCAAUGUACAGAAGCAUUCCAUAUUUUCUUUUGAUUCAAUUAAUGUGUUAGCCAAAAAGUCAUCAAUAUUAAUCUAAUGCUGUUAUUUCCAAGAUUGUUAUCGUACAACAUAAUACUAUUGCGGAUGGUACAGCUUUUUUCAUAAUGAAGUUGAUCUCUUGGUAAUUUUCUAUGAAUCAUACAUGUGUGUUUUUAGAUAUACCUCCACAUUGCCAAAUAGAUGUGUUGUGAAAUCUAAAGUUAGAGUAGCUUACUGCAUCUAAAUUCUCGCACUAUUUACAUUGAUGUGUUUAUAAAAACUAUAAAUUUUUGUUUGUGAACCAAACAAUAUCCAGAGUAUCUAAACAUUUCAAAUGAUCUAUUUAAAAAGCUAAAUCUUUCCUGAUAAUUUUUUUUAAUUGAACAAUAAGAACAUUAUAUACUGUUUGCAGGGUAUGUUUUUACAGGAAAAUGUACUAUACUCGAUUUUGAUUUAUCUUCAUGAUACUAAAUCAAUGCUUGUCUAUGGUUUUUAAAAAUGAAGCAUGCAUCCUGUAGAAUUUAAGCAGAGGAUACUGAAUUAAAGAGCUAAUUGGUGGCUUGUUUAUAUAGAAUAAUAUUGGUAUUUUUAUACAUUAAUACAGAACUGGAAAGAGUAGUAAAGGCAUGUAUUGGAUGUAUAGAGUCUAGCUGUGGUUUGAAAAGCAUAACUUCUCAAUUCUGUUAUCUUUGGAAAGUGGUGCUACAUUUUUACAAUUAUAACUGCUUUAGUAAUUAUCAGCUUAAUCUUAAACAAUGUCUUGUGAUAUCUCUUUUCCCUUUAUAUUAGCAUUUAAUUUAAUACAGAGAUUUGAAUAUAAUGAAUCAGUUCAGACUUUGCAUCAAAUCAUGAUUAAAUAAAAUUAAAUACAUGUUGAGUUCAUACAUUACACUAAGCCAUAAAGUAGUUUGUCUUAUGUGAUAUGUAAAGCCAACUGUAAACCAUGAUUUAUGGCUUAAGAUGAUGUGGGAACAAGGUGUACUCAAUAAAGUAUGGUUAAAACUAACCAUAUCGUAAGAGUUACAGUCAAAUCAUGCUUUAUGCAAAGAAGAGUCUGACUUGACAUUUUAAAUUAACAAAUCAUAAUUAAAACCAUUAAUCUUCAUUGAAAGACUAGUGCACUGAAGAAAUGCUGAAUAGACUGACUACGUCUUGUAUUUUGAGGUUACAUCAGUGGCAUGGGUUCUAGCAUAAUUACCACAGAUUAUGUGAUGAUAAGAUACUUGAACUGACCACUUACAAUUCCUCAUCAAGCCAUACAUAUCUUGCUGCAGUUAAUGUACUGCAAUACGUAUUCCAAAAUCAUAAAAAUGGGAAGCAGAUUGAUUAAUAUGCACCACAUUUACAAUGCAUUUUAUAGAAUAACAGAACGUGAUUUUAAAGUUGUGCGAAGAGUAAUGUUUCUGCAAAGCUGGGAAAUAUGUGUUUAUACCUUACUUUAAAAACUUUCUUGAAGAAGUACUAUCUUUAUGCUGGAAUUUCCCAUUUCUUCUUGGCACUUUCCUGCAAGUGUGCUUUUUUCAGAUCAGUUGAAUGUCCAUCCACUGGUUGUGACAAGAAUUGACUGACCAGUUUGUCACCGGAG